CACACAUACUGGCUAGUGGUUGGAGCGGAGCAGCCAGCCAGCCAGGCAGGCAGAAAGGGAGAGAGAGAGACACACACACACACACAUACUGGCUAGUGGUUGGAUCAGCCAGCCAGGCAGGCAGAAAGAGAGAGAGAGAGACAGACAGUGUGAGCAGGGAGAGGAGCGGUUUAGCGUUAGCGCUGGUUUAGCGGAGCUGUCGGAUAUCUGCAGGCUCCUGCCCAUGACCAAGCUCUAAUGGAGGGAGACGCCGAGGGGGAGCAUGUGCUCCGGGGGCAGAGUGAGGAGGCCCUUGUGGACCAUGGCAAGACCAACUUCGCCCCACACACCAACUACGAGAAGGAGGAACUAGAGAGUCACAGGGCUGUGUAUGUGGGGGUCCACGUUCCCCUGGGGAGAGAGAGCAAGCGCCGCCAUCGCCACCGCGACCGCGGACACAAGCACCACCGCAAGAGGAAGGAGAGGGACUCCGACCCAGAGACCGGAAGAGAAUCCCCCACAUAUGACACACCGUCCCAGCGGGUCCAGUUCAUCCUGGGGACGGAGGAUGACGACGUGGAGCACGUCCCCCAUGACCUCUUCACCGAGCUGGACGAGCUGUCCUUCAGAGAUGGACGUCCCACAGAGUGGAAGGAGACAGCCAGGUGGCUGAAGUUUGAGGAGGAUGUGGAGGAUGGUGGGGAGAGGUGGAGUAAGCCCUAUGUGGCCACCCUCUCCCUGCACAGCCUGUUUGAGCUGCGCUCCUGCAUCCUCAACGGCACCGUCAUGCUGGACAUGAGGGCCAACAGCAUCGAGGACAUUGCAGACAUGUUGAUUGACAGCAUGGUGGCGUCGGGCCAGCUGGACGAGUCUCUGCGGGGGAAGGUGCGCGAGGCCAUGCUGAAGAGGCACCACCACCAGAACGAGCGCAAGCUCAGCAACCGCAUCCCGCUGGUGCGCUCCAUCGCCGACAUAGGCAAGAAACACUCUGACCCGCACUUGCUUGAGUGCAACGGAGGUAUGGCACCUGCACCGUCCAUCGGAAGCAACUUGGAUGGAGGCAAAGGUGGCGAUCGCAGGACGACCAAACCAGGGGUGGACUCCAACUUCAUGAAGAAAAUCCCGCCUGGGGCGGAGGCGUCCAAUGUGCUGGUGGGGGAGGUGGACUUCCUGGAGCGGCCCAUCAACGCCUUUGUCCGCCUCUCGCCCGCUGUGCUCAUCACAGGCCUCACGGAGGUGCCCGUGCCCACCAGGUUUUUGUUUUUGCUCCUGGGCCCGCGUGGCAAGGGGUCACAGUAUCACGAGAUCGGCCGCUCCAUGGCCACCCUUAUGACAGACGAGAUUUUCCAUGAUGUGGCAUAUAAGGCCAAAGACCGGACGGACCUGCUGUCGGGCAUCGACGAGUUCCUGGACCAGGUGACAGUGCUGCCUCCUGGAGAGUGGGACCCCACCAUACGCAUUGAGCCCCCCAAGAACGUGCCCUCACAGACGAAGAGGAAGAGACCACCGCAACCCAAUGGCACUGCGUCCCCCUCUGAGCACAAGGAGGAGGCACAUCAAAUUGGCCCCGAGCUGCAGAGGACUGGCCGCAUUUUCGGAGGCCUGGUGAUGGACGUAAAGCGCAAGCUGCCGUUCUACUGGAGUGACGUGCGGGACGCGUUCAACCUGCAGUGCCUGGCCUCCAUCCUCUUCCUCUACUGCGCCUGCAUGUCCCCCGUCAUCACCUUUGGAGGCCUGCUGGGGGAGGCCACCAAGGGGAACAUCAGUGCCAUAGAGUCUCUGUUCGGGGCGUCUCUGACGGGCAUGGCCUACUCACUGUUUGCAGGGCAGCCUCUCACCAUCCUGGGUAGCACUGGGCCCGUGCUGGUCUUUGAGAAAAUCCUCUUCAAGUUCUGCAAAGAUUACGGCCUGUCCUACCUGUCCCUGCGCACCAGCAUCGGCCUGUGGACGGCCUUCCUGUGCCUGGUGCUGGUUGCCACGGACGCCAGCUCGCUGGUGUGCUACAUCACACGCUUCACGGAGGAGGCCUUCGCCGCCCUCAUCUGCAUCAUCUUCAUCUACGAGGCGCUGGAGAAGCUCUUCGACCUGGGCGAGAAAUUCCCUGUCAACAAGCACAGCAUCCUGGACAACAUCACACUCACCACAUGCCAGUGUGCUCCUCCAGCAGAAGUGACCAAUGAGACCCUGCACAUUUGGAACCAGACGGGCCACACGUCUGACUCCAUCCCCUGGAGCAGCCUCAACGUCUCGAUGUGUAAGGUCUUCCACGGGGGCUUUGAGGGCUCUGCGUGCGGUCACCACGGGCCCUACAUCCCCGACGUGCUCUUCUGGUCGGUCAUCCUCUUCUUCUCCACCUUCUUCCUCUCCUCCUUCCUCAAGCAGUUCAAGACGGAGCGCUACUUCCCCACCAAGGUGCGCUCCACCAUCAGUGACUUUGCUGUGUUCCUCACCAUCAUGAUAAUGGUGCUGGUGGACUAUCUGAUGGGCAUUCCCUCGCCCAAACUCAACGUGCCCGACCGCUUUGAGCCCACCUCUAAGAACCGUGGCUGGCUAAUGGACCCCGUAGGGGAGAAUCCCUGGUGGACGAUCCCCAUAGCGGUCCUUCCGGCUCUUCUCUGUACCAUCCUCAUCUUCAUGGACCAGCAGAUCACCGCCGUUAUCAUCAACCGCAAAGAGCACAAGCUCAAGAAAGGCUGUGGCUACCACCUGGACCUGCUGAUCGUGGCGGUGAUGCUGGGCGUGUGCUCCAUCAUGGGGCUGCCGUGGUUCGUGGCGGCCACGGUGCUCUCCAUCUCCCACGUCAACAGCCUGAAGGUGGAGUCGGGCUGCUCGGCGCCUGGAGAGCAGCCCAAGUUCCUGGGCAUCCGCGAGCAGCGGGUCACCGGCCUCCUCAUCUUCACCCUCAUGGGCCUGUCCGUCUUCAUGACCUCGGCUCUCAAGUUCAUCCCUAUGCCGGUCCUGUACGGUGUCUUUCUCUACAUGGGAGUCUCCUCUCUGAAAGGCAUUCAGUUCUUUGACCGCAUCAAGCUGUUUGGCAUGCUGAAGCACCAGCCGGACCUGAUCUACCUGCGCUACGUGCCGCUGUGGAAGGUGCACGUCUUCACACUCGUGCAGCUCACCUGCCUGGUGCUGCUCUGGGUCAUCAAGGCCUCCAACGCCGCCGUCGUCUUCCCCAUGAUGGUGCUGGCCUUGGUCUUCAUACGGAAGCUUCUAGACUUCUUCUUCACCAAGCGGGAGCUGAGCUGGUUGGACGACAUAAUACCCGAGAGUAAGAAGAAAAAAGAGGACGACAAGAAGAAGCAGAAGCAGGAGGCGCAGCGGAGGCUAGAGGAGGAGGCGGCGGCGGCGGGAGCCUCUCCGUAUGCUGGGAGCAACCUGCUGAAGAUCCCGGUCCAAACACACAGCGGCAGCACUGAUCUGUCGGCUGUUAAUAUCACUGAUGAAAUGAACAAAAGUGCGGCAUGGAAAGCGGUCGACCACACAAACACCAUGAAGAAAAGUGAAAGCCAGGAGAAGGUGGCAUGUGUUAGGAUGAACGUGGAGCCUGAGGGCGGGGCUCAACAGGUGAACCAGGAGACCUCGCUGUGAAGGGUGAAGAACAAGGGGAGGGGGGCCCCCCCCAACACCAACCCCAGCCGUAGCCCAGUCCUGUAAAAUCCCCAGAGCCCCCCCCGUCCCUGACCCCCUCCUCUUCUCCCACAAAGCCCGCGUCUCCAGCCUUCUCUUAGGGCCUCUUUUCCACCCUCCCCCACACCAGGGUGCUGCAGAUCCACACUUGGCAGAGAUAGCACCCUCCAGUGGACAGGCUGACCAACUACAGCAAAGACUGGGAGCCAUGAGCAUCCGACAAGGCACAAAGUUAAUGCCUGCCACACACACACACACACCCCAGUCACCCUGCUCUAGCAUCCCCCUAUGCCAAAACCACAGGGGCCAAGGCAAUUGGCCUCCUCACAUGCUUGAGAUGACCUUUGGGAAAAUACAUAUAAUAUAUGUAUAGAUAUAUACAUAUAGAUAUAUAUAUAUAUAUAUAAAUAAGUAUAUAUUUUAUAUUAAUAUUAUUGGCAGAAGUAAGAGUUCUGCAUCAAAGAACAAAAUUAUGGUUCAACACAGGGGAAGGUAUCAGAGGAAGUGUUCCUUUUACUCCAGCAUCUGGUGCGUCUGCUCUGUAAAAACAUUGGUGUAAUCGCUAUUGACAAAACAAAAACAUGCUACGCUACUUUCACAUCGUAAAACAAAUCACAAAUUCAGUCCACUCUCUUCAGAAGUCACACCAUCCCACAAGUGGACAAGACCAGAGCUUUCCCCCUGUAGUACUGUAGUUCCUUUCUCUAACACUACUGUGAGAUGACUUGGUGAUCAGUUCUGUGUGCUGCUAUUGUCCUUUUGUGGUAUGUGUGUGUGUGUGUGUGACCCUACCCUAAAAACCCAUUAUAGUCAAUGUCUGUAAGAGGGAAGAAACGUGGCAUCUUUAUGAAGUGAAUGUCAUUCAUAUUUAUAUAUUUAAAGAGAAGUAAUGCCAUUGAAUGUUUACAGAAGUUUGUCACGUAAAGCAAUACAGUAGAAUUGUUCUGAAUGGAUUUAAAUGUUUUAUUUAAUGCUUUGCCAGUGUCCACUGUGAAAGCAAGUGACACACGAAAAGCAGAGCUUGGCACUUUUUUCCUCCAUUUUACCGGUAGUCUUGUGUGUGCUUGUCGGCUGUAAAACAUCCAAUGUAACAUGUAAUCUUAAUGUGCGUCCUGCAGAAUUUAGAACCCAACCUUUUAUUCGAUGGAUUUACCCCUGUCGUGCUCCGUCAUCACAUGUCCCCAACGCACGCUGUGUGUACACUUAGACCUGAUUGUUUGUGUCAGUGUUCCUCCGCGGUCUGUUGCUGAUUAGCCCAGUGGUUCGCCACCGUCACCUCGAGUCCACAUCCAAGUCUCACUGUGUCUACCUUUCCAACUAGUGGAGGACUAGAAGAGGACAUAUCUGUUGGUUGCUGUGCCUUGUGUAACUGGGCCUGUUUAGGUACUGUAUGGUAUAUGUAUAGGUUACAUAUAUGUGAAAUGAGCUUUAUGCUGAAAUGAAAGAGGAAGUAACUACAGGAAUUUAAGUAAGGUGAGAGAGCGUGCUCGAGGAAGACAUUUCACAUUGCAUUGGUCAGACAGACCACAGCGUAACCUUUUGAUGAUCAGACAUACACUCAAUCUCUUACAUUUCUGGUCAUAACCUAAAACAAAAUGGGCAUAUGUACUGUGUAUAUAUAUAUAUAUAUAUAUAUGCGGCACUUUUUCUACUGUGUUUUACAGUGAACAUAUUCAUGAAAUGUGCAAGAUACUACUAUGAGGUAACAGUCGCUCCAAAUGAGUAUUAAGUGAAUGUGCACCAUAUGAACACCAAAUUCAAUUCCACACAUCAAACAUCACAUUUUCAAUCUUUUUUUUUUUUUUUUUUUUUUUGCCAAGUCAUGUCUUUUUUAUGUUCUAAAACAUGGGGUUAUUUUAUAUUAUAUUUGGCGUCACAGACUUGAUGGUCACACUGGUCAUUUUGACGAAUGUGUUUUUUGAAACCUUUCUGCUGUUCAACGUGUAAUUUUUGAAAUGGUGUUUCUCUGUGCAUCACAGUCACUAUACUGAGUGUGGAAGUAUAUAUGCUGUUGUGUAACUUGUAUCAUCUAAGUAUCCGUUUCCCAUUGCAGUGUCAUAGUGAGUCUCCCCAGAAACGCUCGGGUGUUUUUUGAAGACCACGUAUGACAACCUCACGACUGCUGUCAGUCAAGCACACAGCCAGGUGGGAGAGAUAGCCUCCCCCAGUAUAUUUGUUCAAAUAUAUAGUAAUAAUAUUUUUUUUGUAAAACUGUUAUUGAAAAGCAAUAAAAGGACUUUAUGUGUAA